AGUUGCAUCAUCCAAAACCAAGCAAAAUGGGUGUCCAUGUCCAGACGACGGAAGCCGGCAACGGCGCCAAGCCCAGCCGUGGCCAGACGUGCAUCAUGCACUACACGGGCAAGCUUGAGGAUGGCACGGUGUUCGACUCGUCGUACAAGAAGGGUCGCCCGUUCCAGUUUACGCUCGGCGUGGGCCAGGUCAUCCGCGGCUGGGAUGAAGGUGUCGCCCAGAUGUCCAAGGGUGAGAAGGCUGUCUUGACCAUCUCGUCGGACUUUGGCUACGGCGCGCGCGGUGUCCCCGGCAUCAUCCCCGGCGGCGCCACGCUCCUCUUUGAAGUGCACCUCGAAGAUUUCCAGUAAGGCGUUGAACCUCCCGUUGGCGGAGGCGUCGCUUGUAGAUAUGCCAUAGCUACCAACUUGUAAUAUACACAGCUGCGCCGA